AUGCUAUCGGCAUUGCUCAAGCCCUUCACCAACCCAACAUGGAGGUCAAUAACAGGAUCAGUCAUAAUUGGCAUCAUGAUCGCCAUCACAAUACACGACUCGAUAUUACUGUUCAAACGAUAUAUGGAUGAUCCAAAAGAAUCUGAUAUGAAAAUAGAAGUCAAUGAGACUAUGCCUGUACCACCAAUCACAUUUUGCAUACCAUCAGUUCAGGCUACAAGUCACUUUAACAAAGCCGCCAAGGAUGCUAACUAUAAAGAGAUCAAUGUAAGUUAAUAUUGGGUAGAAAGCGGGGUCUAAAGUAGAUUUUUAAUAUGAAAAACUUUGAAAAUAGCAUGAAAAAGAUAAAAAAUGCUCAAUUUACAAGCCAAAACAGUAAAAUUCCGAAAAAAAAGUUGGGUAGAUUAGUCCGUUACCUACCUAGCCCAAAAACAAAGCUAACCCUCAUUUUUUAGAAAUACCUAAACAGAAUGCCAAACAAAGAAGACUUCCUGGAGAAAAAAUGGGGUGGCAAACUGAUUUACAGCGCGUACACGGCUGUAGCCACCGUCCAUACACUCGAACGUGAAGCUUUCGGCUCAUUCUUGGCCAAACGGAUAAAACAAUUCGGCUCCAGCAACUCAAAACACUUUUCACAGAAGCGGAAGAACGUUAAGGUAAGUGGGCAGUCGUUUUUAUUCGAAAAGAUAACUUUCUGACCAUAAAUUUAUCAAAGGAAAGCUUCAUAUUCUUCAAAAUUGAUACCUAAACCAGCAAAACUCAAAAAAUCAGAAUUAACUAACCUGAUUUAGUUCUGGAUUAACCAUAUUGAGCAACGCAAUGUAACAUUCGCAGAAUUGAGGAACAAAGUGGGCAGUGAAGUGAUCAGCUUGUGAGUUUUCAUCAAGUUUCAUAUUAACAUUCCUAUAAAUUACUGAAACUAUACCAAAACCUAAAAACAUGUACAAUUUUUACAUGUAUAACAAAGAAAAACUUACAGAAUGGUUCGAGACGAAUUCCAAAGGAUCUACCACAAUAGAACUGAAGAAACUAGGGAUAAUCUUGAAGCUGAAACAACUUGGAUUUCCGAAAAAGACUUUUGUUUCACAGCAGUUUUGAACGAAACGACUGGUGACCCAAUUGGCAAUCAAGUAAGGGAAGAAUCUAAAUUUUCAAAUCUUUUCUUUCAUCAAGAGAAAUCUUUGAAAAAAAGUUUUAUAAUACUAAACUAUAUUCAAGGCAAAUGUUACUGUUUACUUGUCAAAAACAUGAAAUUUGGCCAAAGUUUCGCGCAAAAUUCGCGAUGGUUGUUCUAUCAAUUGUGGCGUUUCGUUGUUUUUCAAAGAUUUCUUGCGAAAUCGGGUGUUUGUUGAAAGUUACUUGUUUUACUAGCUUUAUCUGCUUUUCUACUGUAUUAUCUUUGCUUUUACACUAUGGUUUUUAUAUUUUCUAACAACUUAUAUUAAUAUCAACAAUUUCAGAAGCCAUUUUUGUUCUUGAACUAUUUCCAAAACGAGAAAAACCUGCCCAAAGAUGAUCAGGUCAAAUGUGCCAGCAUGAACUUCCACGGCGAUCCCUAUGACAUUUCUCCUUAUUCUGAACAUGGUGGCUCGAGUCGAGACGGUAUUACCGAGAGUAUUUGUCCUGGCUUGAGGUAUGAUGUUACUGUUGAGGUGUUGGAUUCGUAUAAGAUGGUGGAGAACGAUGAGGAAGGAACAAUGUGUCAAGAGGUUGGUGAUGAUGAUGACGAGGAAGAAAAGACUGUUUUUGAAUGUAUUGGGAUCUGUAGAGCGGCUUUGAUCAAGGAUAUUUGCAAUUGUACGGCCAUGAGCACAUUGCACUUGCUUGAAGAUGAGGAUAAAGAUGAAGAUAUGCCUUUGUGUGGCGAUUAUUCAAAGUGUGAGGUGGAGUAAGUUGGAGAAUGGUUUUUUAGAAGUAUAUUUUAUUAAUUUAGGCAUUAUUCCACGUUUAUUUCAAUCUAAGUCACCUAAUUUCAGUGUUCAACACUACAAAUCGAAGGAAAGUGAAUGCACGGAACAGUGUAAACGUGAUUGCCAACAAAUUCGAUAUCAAAUUGUGUCAGGACAAACUGCUCGCAUUGUCCAUCCUUUAUCCAAUGGUAAAAAGGUCAAAUCGAAUGCAAUGACAACGGUUUUUGUGAGCUGGGCUUCGUUUGAGUUCAUGACUGUGGAACAAGAUAACGUAUAUACUUGGUCAUCGUUUAUUGGAGAAUUGGGUGGCAUUUUGGGACUGUGGCUUGGACUGUCGAUUCUGGCUAUUAUACAGGUAAGAGUUUUUGAAUUGGAAGGGAAUUUGGGGUAGGGUAAGGUAGAGUGGAGCAGGGUAUGUUAAAGUAGGGUAAGAUGGGUGGGCAAAGUAAAUAAUUUUUUUGAAGAAUUGGGACAUACGUUUUGUAAAGCAUGAAAAGUUGUGUUUAUAUUGCAAUUUUCAUAAUAUUAUUUUAACUUUUGGCAUAGUUACGUUGAUUUAAAAAUGUCAAAAAUCAAAAAAAGUUUGAUUCCGCUUGGAAAACAUCGAUUUUUUGCAAAUUUUUUAGCUUUUUUGAUUAAAUAAGGCCAUUUACUAUUCUUAAUAACGAAGAUACUAUUAGAUAUGAUCUAAAAAUGGCAUUUCAGGGCGGAUUCACAUCAGCCGAAGACGUGACAAGGAAAGCUGUCACCAGAAUUGGUCAUACUUCAAGGCGGAAUAAGUCGUUUAAAAAUGAAAUACCUAAGAUCAGUCCAAGCAAGAAUGAUUCUAUACGACGAUGA